AUGCGGAUAGUUGCACCCGUGAUUGACACGAUAGUUCAUCCAAGAUCCAAAAUUGUCAUCCAGAGACAAAUGCGAUGCUACAGAAGGAAGCAUAAAUUGGAAGAUGCGAGGAAUCCCAGACUGCAUAUUGGCGCUGAAGAAGACCGCAAUGCCAUAAAUGUUAUCCCAUGCUUCAAGAGGUGCAGCCCAACGUCUGAGAAAGGGACGAGAGGAAGAGGAAGGAAAAAAGAAGAAAAAGAUUUGGAGAAUCAAGGGAGCUUAGAGCAGCCCGCCGGAUCGAUCUAUCGAUCCGACCUCGCAGUGGCUCGCCACCCUCCACGAAAUGUCCCUCUUCGUGGAAAGGGGAGGGGGGCGGGGGUUAUUUUUCCUACCACACCAAUCCCACUACUACCUAAAUCCAAGCCUCGAGAGCUGCUCCUCCAUCCCUCUCUCCCCCUCCUGCCUCCCUCCCUCCCUCCCUCCUGCUCCCCGUCUCUCCGCUCUCUCUUCCUGUAUCCCUUUCCUGUCUCUCCCUCCCUCCCUCCCUCUCUGCCGCUGCGCUACGCUGCUAGCCUCCUCUUCUUCAUCCUCGCAACCGAACAGCACAGCACCAACCGAACCACGUCCAAACCUCCGCGCUCCCGAACUGACCAAUGCUGCUCCCGUCCCCCUUUCCCUCAAACUCGGUCUCAUAAAUUAAGCCGCAAAGUAUCGCGCACCCCCAGCCCCCCGUUCUUGUCCGCUCCUCCUCCUCCUCCUCCUGCUGCAGCAGCAGCUGCUGCUGUUUCUGUGCUGCGGGCGAGAUGUACAGACUCUGCAAAUGGCAAAUGGACGCACAUCUACAGAGGAGGAUGCGGCAGAGAGCAGUGCGCUUGCACCACCAACAAAGCGCACGCUGCAGGAGCAGCCAGCAGCGGCCAGCAGCGGCCGAAGGAGACAGACAGCAAGGAGGGAGGGAAGGAAGGAAGGAGGGCGCUGCAGGCGGACCGGGCCCCAAAACAAACGAAAACAACUGAAAAAGAAAGGCCAGUGCGGGCUGUAGGCGAGCGGGAAGCUGGGGAGGGAACCGCCGCGCGCCGUCCGAUCGAACAGGAACGGUGUGCGAUGCGCGCAUUCAAACGCGGGGAUUGCCGUUGCGUGGGCGCGGGUGGGGCCACCCGUCACCCUCGCGCGAACCGACCCUUUUCCGCUCUGCUCCAAUUAGGUCUGAUCGCUCGCUCCCCUUUUCUCCCCAGGCUUCGGAGCUCUCCCCCCCUCCCCCGGCCCGGGCCCUUCUUCCCAGGUGGAUUUCCGUUCCUUGAGUUGUGCACUGCUUCCCCGGUCCCUUCAUUCCGCCCGUCCGUCCGUCCUGUCGUUGCCGUCGUCCUUCUGUCGCCCCGCAGGCCGGCCCGGACGUGGCCUCCGGGAGAAUCUCUGGCGAAUGUACCCUUCCCGUCCAGCGAACUCACGACGCCCUCGACCGCCCUACAGUAA